UGUGACCACUAACCAACUCUCUCACCUGAGCAGCCUUUCUGAGAACUCGCUCCGAGAUCACCUGGCGCCGUGUUGCUGCCGCAAGCGACUCGCUAUUUUUGUUUAUAGAGAGAUAAGUUUGUGGAUCCGACUGGAGUUGUAGCUCUGGCACACAUUUAAGCGAGUCGACGUGGGUCGUCAUCUGGGCAGAAUGUCAGACACCGACAACAACCCUUUCGCGGACCCGGAGUUGAACAACCCGUUUCAGGAUCCAUCAGUGACACAAGCCAAACAUACCACUCCUGCAGGGUUAGAGGAGUACAACCCCUUCACAGAUGCUAAACCAACACUAGCGGGCAUGGUGCCCAAAGCUACAAGCUCCGCCGUCAGCACGCAGCCUGCCAUCAUGAAACCCACAGAAGAGCCCCCAGCCUACUCGCAGCUUCGGGCGCAGGAGCCGUCGGGAGCAGCCGCCGAGCUGCUGAAGAGGCAGGAGGAGCUGGAGAGGAAGGCUGCAGAGCUGGACCGUCGGGAGAGAGAGAUGCGGUCGCUCAGUGCUUCAGGAGGGAGAAAGAACAACUGGCCUCCCCUGCCUGAGAAGUUCCCUGUGGGUCCGUGUUUCUACCACGACAUCACCGUGGAUAUCCCCGUAGAGUUCCAGAAGACGGUCAAAAUUAUGUACUACCUCUGGAUGUUUCACUCUGGGACGCUGCUGGCCAACGUGAUCGGCUGCGUGGCCUGGUUCGGAGUGGACCCGUCACGCGGAGGCGACUUCGGCUUGUCCAUCCUCUGGUUUAUUCUCUUCACGCCAUGUUCCUUCGUCUGUUGGUACAGACCGCUCUACGGAGCAUUCAGGAGUGACAGCUCUUUCAGAUUUUUCGCCUUCUUCUUCGUGUACAUCUGUCAGUUUGGCAUCUACGUUAUCCAGUGUAUUGGGAUAACCGGUUGGGGUGCCAGUGGCUGGAUCUCAGCUCUGACUGGCCUCAACCAGAGCAUCCCAGUAGGCAUCAUCAUGAUCCUCAUAGCAGCUCUCUUCACCUCGCUGGCUGUUCUGUCCCUCAUCAUGUUCAAAAAGAUCCAUACACUGUACCGUACCACCGGCGCCAGCUUCGAGAAGGCCCAGCAGGAGUUCGCCACGGGCGUCAUGUCCAACAAGACCGUCCAGACGGCUGCUGCCAACGCCGCCUCCAGAGCUGCACAGGGACCAUCUUAAUCAAGGAGCAAGUCCGAUCGCCCCGGAGAGUUGGUCCCGUCCGUCCAAGCCCCCCCCCCAUCCUCCUCCUUUUCCCAUGUCCUCCUGUUGAACACGUGGACAGCCCGCCAGCCUUGUGGCAGUGCUGGUUUAUUAGAAGAUUUGUGUUUUCAGAGCGAAAACAACCACAGGGAACUGGCCCGGCAGCGUCCACUCUGGGAACCAUCACCCUCGCUGCGCUCUCACCACUCAACCGGCCCUUUGAAGUGUGUGUGUAGGUGUGUGUGUGUGUGUGUGUGUGUGUAGGUGUGUGUGUGUGUGUGUGUGUGGCCAGGUUAAUGAAUGUUUGUUUGUGUGCUUUUUUAAAAUGUCACCUCCUCAAGGCCACGCUGCUGAGUCAACUCCAUCCAAGGGCACCCCGGGCAUUUCUCUCCAUCAAUCCUUUUAGAAGUUCUUGUUGUUUGCAUUUCCCGAAUCACUAUUAUCUAUUUCUAAAAGUAAUUUAUAUUUUGUCAAAGGGUGAUUAUUCAGCUUGUGUAUGUACACGUAGCUCUAAAACUGUUUUGCUGUUACCCACGAGUGCAUAACUUAAAACUGCUGACCUCUAGUGGACUGAGGAGGUAUUGCCGUAAAUGAAUGUUGUGCAUUCCAGUCAACCGUCUGGCUUCUGAGCUUUGUCUUAAUUUCUUUAGGUUUUUGGUCUUAAUUUCACCGGUCACCAGUCAGAGCUGUUGCUUUGAAGUAUUCUCACCUGGCAAUUAUUUUGCGUUCAACAAGCAAACAAAGUUAGAAGCUGAUGUAGGAAAAAGAGGAAAAAUCAGUACAGAUUCAAACGUUUAUCCUGCAGAGGCAGUGCACACUGUCUUUAAAGUGGAGUCUGUUUCUUCUUCAUCAGCUAGAACUCAAAGUCGAGUCCAGAGGAACCAGACUGGUACAUGAUCAUGACUAGUUAGGAUAAUCAAAAUCAGUUUUAAGUUGGGGUAAAAGGACAAAUAAAGUCAAGACUUACUUUAAAACUCUGAGAUAUUGGUCUACUUGAAUGAUGGUGUGGAUGCGGUCCUUACUGACGAACAGAAAUGAUCCUGUAUUUAAAAAAAAGGACUGUUGUUUCGGUCUGCAGCUCGAUCCUCUUCUGCUUUGAUGUGUGUACUUAUGAUUACAUAAGCAGAGGCUGUAAACUCUCCUCCUGUUGCAUCUACUGUACAAAAUAAGGUCAACUUGUACCAACUCAUGAUGACAAAGCAUUGAAAGGACAGAUUCCUCUAUAAACAGUCCUUUUUACACCUUGUUUGUACGCUCAGUAAUCCCUAUCCAGACUAUCACUUAAGUGGAACAACAGCUUUGUUGUUGAGUCUUAUGAGAGACUUCAAGUACCAGUUUAUUUUGUCUCCGUUCCUAAUUAUUGUUUUACAGCAAACAUUAUUCCAUUCUUACACAAAACUGCUUCAAAUCACAUUUUUUUGUUGUUCUCUUAAAGCUUAACUUUCCUUGCCUUGUAAUUAUGGACCUAGACUUGUUUUGAAAUGUUCCUUCACGAUCACUGUAGCUGCAGCACGUUUAGUAACCUUUCCUCUAAGCACACUGAAGCUCAAACAAUUUAGAUUUGUAUUGGAGUGUUUUUUUUUUUUGUUUGACAUCUUUUGCCUGUGUUCUUCUGCGUUGUGAAAUCCCAACAAGCAGCACUUUAAAUCGAGUUUCUGGAGCCUUUUCCUACAUUUGAGGGUAUAUUUCCUUCUUUCUCUUAAGCAGUUUUUUGUUUUGUGUCCCCCCCCCCCCCAAACACCAACUGAGUUCAGCUUAUAGUUUCACACGAAACCAGUUUUCUGAAAGAAUAUUAAAAAUGGCACAAUUAGUAAAAGAUCCACGUUCCUGUGCAGGUUUAUACGACUUUUGAAAGUGUAAUUUAGCUCCAGCUUUUAGCGCUGGAGGUUUAUGUCAACUUUACUCAGGAUGCUCAUCACUUGCACGUCGAGCGUUGACAUUAUACAUUAAAAGUGACACACAAAGGCCCCUGCUUUUAAAUACUUCUGAAAAAAGAAAUUGCCCCUUAAUUCCAUCACGGCCAUGAUCCACUUCGUCAUCUAAAAUGUCUUUUAAUGUGUAUUUUUCUACUGUAUAAACUGCAAAGUGCUUUACAGCAUCUAUUAUGUACUGAAGCCAGUCAAGCCUUUGUAUGUAUAUAUUAUAAAGAUGUUUAAAUAGAAAGAAGUCUGAAUCUGCAUGCAGGGCGGAGUCCGGGAUCCUUUCACUUCCUGUCUUCGACAUGCCGCAUUUAACUCUAUGCUCUUUGCCUCCCGUCCUUAAACCUUGCACCUGUACAGGUAUAAACGUUGUGCAGUUGCAAAGAUGCAUUCUAAAUGGCACCUGCAGUUAUUGCUUUUUAUUUCUGUUUUGCUGUUGUCCUUAUUUGCCUUGAGUGUUAAGCAUGAAGAAAGUAAAGUGCAGCCUGACCCAUGUGAUGUGCUGUAGGUGAACUGUUGCUCCGAGCCGUGCGUCAGAACCAAUGUGAACUAAGGUAGAAACGCACUGUAGAUGACAUGAAAGCAUCCAGUACCAUCCCUCUGAUGUCUGAGUUAUAUUGAGACGAAUGUUUGUAUAUUUUGAAUGCCUUGAAGAUGGUUUGCAGUUUGUCAUUUUAAGAUGAAUCCCGCUUUCACUUUCAGUCCUGUGUUGGUAGUUUGAGUUUUGUAUAUUUAUGGUACUGAGACUUAAUAAAAUUCUUCUUUAUUUGUUC